AUGGCAGCAAUCCAAUACGCGCCUUUCUCCUCCGAGAUCGAGCUGCCGUUUUACGCCGCCCUCUUCUCCUCAAAGCUCGAACAUGAUAAGCUAGACGACUCGGCGCGCCGCGUGCUGGGCCAGUACACUGCUCUACCUGUUGAACCAGGCCAGAGCUGCAAGAUGUCCAUCCUUGGGAAUGCCCUCACCAGCGACCAGCCCAACGACGAGCAUGUCCGCGCUGAGGGCUGGAUCAAGAACGUCAACACGAUCGAGGACUUCAAGAAUACGGAUAAACAAGCUAUGCUGAAAUUAGCAGCGAGACAUGUAUGGGACGCCAUCAACGACGGCACCAUCUACUCCGUACCCUCCCUCCUCUCCUCCUUCACCAUCCUCUCCUACGCCGACUUGAAGAAGUACAAGUUCACAUACUGGUUCGCGUUCCCGGCGCUGCACUCGGAUCCCCAGUGGAAGCGGACAGGGCCGAUCGGUCGCCUUGAUCCUAAGGAGAGCACGGCGCUGGUCGAUCGAGUGGGCACGUGGCAAGCCAACCGCGACAAGAGGCAGAACGGCUUCUUCCUCGCCAAGAAGGCGAGAGGUGUGGAUGUUAGCGAUUUAGAUAAGGACGCGAAUAGCGAUCUCCACGACCUCAACGAUUCUUUUGGCUACGUGUGGGAGGUUGCCAACCUCGGAGAUUUCGAAAACGGAUUUUUCGAUGACGUUGCCGAGGAAGACCGAUACGUUUCGUUCGUCGACCCGUCGACAUACCCCGAGAACCCGUCAUGGCCACUGAGGAACCUCCUUUGGCUUGUUCGGCAGCGGUUCCGCCAGACAAAGGUACAAAUCUUGUGUUACCGCGAUAUCAGGUCCAGUAGGCAUGCGGCUAGAAGCAUCAUCCUGCCCUUGGAGAUGGAUCCGGUAGAGCCACUUGCGGUGGCUGAGAUGCCCAAGGUCACAGGCUGGGAGCGAGAUGGAGAGGGCAAAUUGCGAGCCAGGAUCGCCAAUCUCGGGGAGUAUAUGGAUCCGACACGACUUGCCGACCAGUCCGUGGAUCUGAACCUCAAACUCAUGAAAUGGAGGAUUUCACCGAAUCUGGACCUGGACACCAUCAAAUCCACCAAGUGCCUGUUGCUAGGUGCCGGUACGUUAGGAAGCUACGUUUCUAGAAACCUGAUGGGCUGGGGCGUCCGGAAGAUCACGUUUGUAGACUACGGACGCGUAUCGUACUCGAACCCCGUACGGCAGCCCUUGUUCGAGUUCGAGGACUGCCUGGAAGGCGGCAAAUUCAAGGCAACGCGGGCUGCAGAUGCCUUGAAGAGGAUUUAUCCCGGUGUUGAGAGUGAGGGUCACGUCCUGUCGGUUCCCAUGUUGGGCCACCCUUUCACAGAUGAGGCCAGGAGUAAGGCGGACUACGACAAGUUGAAGCAGCUGAUUGAUGAGCACGACGCCAUCUUCCUCCUGAUGGACAGCCGAGAGUCGAGGUGGCUUCCGAGUGUUCUGGGCAAAGCCACCGGUAAGAUUGUCCUAAACGCCGCGCUUGGUUUCGACUCUUUUGUGGUGAUGCGGCACGGUGCGGAACCGAAUGAUGUCCAGUCAGAGGAUAAAGAGCGCAAGACACUGGGUUGUUACUUUUGCAACGACGUGGUUACACCAGCCGAUUCGCAAAAAGACCAGACCCUGGAUCAGCAAUGCACGGUAACUAGACCCGGUGUCGCGGCGAUCGCGUCGGCACUGCUCGUAGAGCUGUUUGCCAGUCUACUCCAGCACCCCCUCAAGCAACACGCGCCAGCGCCCCAGACCUCGGCAGACGAGAAGGAUCCCGUGGACCAUGCUCUAGGACUGGUGCCUCAUACGGUCCGCGGCUACCUGCAUAGUUUCAAUAAUAAGGUGAUUCGCGGAGAGUCGUACCCGUGCUGCAGUGCGUGUGGUCCUCCCAUCCUGGAGGCCUACCGAAACGAUGGCUGGGGCUUCGUCAAGAAGGCGCUUUUGGAGAAGGAUUUUGUUGCCGAGUUAUCUGGGCUCGCGGAGGUGCAGCGGGAGGCUGAGAAGCGGGCGGCGUAUAUGGAUUGGGAAGAGGAGGAGGACGGGGCGGAUGACGGGGACGGAGAGUUGAUCUGA